AUGUACGCCGAAUCCGUGUCGUCGCCAUCAUGGUUUGAUAAACUCGCCUCAUGCUGUGGACCGCCCUCGCCAGGACUGCCCCAUGGCCGCAACAAACUGCUUCGGCGCGCCGAAAAGGACGCCCGCGCCGUCUGGGCCGACGAGCCCGCCAUGACACCGCCGCCCUCCUUUGGACCCGGGCCGCACCCACGACCAGUCGACCUCAUGGAAGUCGGCCGGAUAGCAGCCGAUCCUUACCGGACUCAGAGACCGUCCCAGGAACAGGUGGCAGAGUCCAACACAGCGUCUGGUCAUAUGCAGCACAGCCGGAACAACAGCCAGGCCACCAACCGAGGACACAGUCGGGGGCACAGCCGGGGCGGUAGAAGCAAAACUUCAAGAGACGGGCUUCGUUCUCGUCACGGCUACUCACGGUCGGGCUCGUCGACACUGGUGGGAGGUACGCCUAGCACCACGGCCGGCCGCAGAAGCCACUCGAUUCGACGGCGCUUUCGGACGUCUUCGUCGUUGUCGCUCUUUCCGUUACCACCUUCCCUGUCGUCUUCCACAUCGUCACGGCGCCCGCAGAUCUCAGCACCGACCAACUUUCGCCAUCUGCAGUCGGAGACUUUUAUCUUCCCGGCUCUUCCACAAGAGGAGCAACAGCAGAUCCAACAGUACCAGCGAGAGCAAUACCACCAGCUACGCCAGCACGAACAGCAGCAGCAGCAACAACAGGGUCAGGAAUUGGACCCGGAACAGCAGCGCCAGGAGUUUCAAGAACAACAGCAGAUCUUCCAACAGCAGUACCUUCAGCACUACCAGGAGCAGUACCGCCAACAGUUCCAGCAGCAGUUCCAGCGCCGUCCGCCUUCGUUUCAGCCGCUCGACUUCACCACGCACCUACCAUCGCCACUGCUACCGUCGUUUCGGCGCGCGACCAUUGUCUACGAUGACGAAGACAAUGACGAGGGCGAGGCGGACGAUAUCGUCACCAUGCCGCCACGGGUGCACGCGCGCAAUGGUAGCCACGGUGACGACGACAUCAGCACCCACCACUCCGUGUUCCACGACCGCAGCCACUCGGCAAUGUCGUUUCACCUCCCCCGCCGGCCGGUUGGCGCGGGUGCAGCUAGUGUGUCUGUCUCGGGAGGCAGCAUUCGGUCGGGUGUUGCUGGUGUUGCUGGUGUCGCCAGUACCGGUGCCAUGAAGGACAAGGCCACCGAAAUAGCCGCCACUAUGGCGCCUCCGGCUAUCCCUGCCCGGUCUCGCCUGCGCUCGCACUCGUCGCCGGCCGUCGAAUCCAUGGUCGAGCGCAUCGCCAGCGCCAUGAUCGAGAUGGAGAAGCUGCAGGCCGAGAUCGACUCGGUCGUCGAGCGCCAGAGCAUCUACAUCAGCAGCCGGCCUUCCACGGCCUACGGUAUGGCCACCGUUGGCAGCGAGGUGGCACCGCUCAAGCUCUUCCCUUCUUCCUUUGACGAGAUGCCGUCCGUGCCAGCGAUCCCGGCGACAGCGCCCUCGUUUGCCGAGCGGCUCAGUACGGAGCGGCCCAAGACGGCACCGCCGCGUAGCAGCGUGUAUUUGGGGUCGACAGCCACCGAUGCCGGUUCCGUCCCUCUUCCCUACAGCUCGACGGGCACUCUGACGCAACAACAGCCGUCCCAGCAGCAGAAACAGGCCACUGUUGCCGCCGCCAGCGCGUCGUCCGUGUCUGUCGCAUCUGCCGCCUCCGUCGCUUCGGCCGCCGCCAAAGCUGCCAAGGCCAAGGCUCGAACGGUGCACAGUGCCAGUGGAAGCGUUGGUAGCAUUCGCGGUGGCGGUAGCGAUGCACGAAUCAAUGGCCGCCCCGUCGAUGUGCCUUUGGCACCGCCUUUGCCUCUGGUCCUUCGCCCGCCCUUGCGCAAGAAGAAGUCAUUUUCGCGCGUCUCCAACUGGAUCUCGCUCCACAACCACAACGGCCAGGGCAUUGAUGCUGGUAUCGGGGACGCCCCCAACUCAUCCCGUGGACACGGCCACAACCUGAGCCUCGAAUCCGUCACAAAUGCACCCCGUCCCAUCACAGCCAAGGACGGCUUCUAUCAGUGCCUCUCACCAGCCUUGGAGGUGCAAACCAACUAUGGGCGUACCAGCAUCGACUCGCUGGUAUCGACCGUAGAGACGCUGUCGACCUGGACGACGGAACGCGAUGAGUCGAGCCGGCAGGUCGGUGUCGAGGGAGACGAAGUCGAACUCGUCCGAGACGAGUUUGCCGAGGACCUCCCCAAACACGACACGCCGACCCCCACAUCGGCCACGACCAUGACGACGCUCGCCACACUGCUGACCGCUGCGACCACCGCGACAUCGACGCCCACGAUCCCAGCCAUGGCAACCGCCGCUGCGUCUCCUUCCUUGGCUGAGAAAUCGAGCGCGAGCAUGCUCGGCGCACACCGUCCGCAGAGCGUCGGUGUUGCUUUCUAG